AUACACCAUCUAUUACGGUCACGCAACCGUUAACGCCGCACGGACACAACACCACUCACCGUCGCCACCACCGGCGUGCACUGACUGACUGACUGACUAAAAGUCAAGAUGGCGACCGAGGGUCAGUUCGAGUACGAGUCGGUCCUCUGUGUCAAACCUGAAGUCAACGUUUACCGAAUCCCACCGAGAGCAUCUAACCGGGCUAUCAGGGCUGCAGAUUGGAAGUUGGAUACUCCUGACUGGACGGGACGCAUGCGUGUGACGGCCCGGGGCAAAGUGGCCUACGUGAAAUUGGAAGACAAAAUCUCUGGGGAGUUGUUUGCCCAGGCACCAGUUGAGGAGUACCCUGGCAUCGCAGUGGAAACAGUUAGUGAUUCAAGCCGUUACUUUGUGCUCCGCAUCCAGGAUGACAAUGGCCGCAGUGCUUUCAUAGGCAUUGGAUUUGGAGACCGAGGCGACGCCUUUGACUUCAAUGUUGCACUGCAAGACCACUUUAAGUGGGUGAAACAGGAAAAGGAACUUACCAAGCAGGCGCAGGCUCCAGACUCCACUCCGAAACUAGACUUGGGAUUCAAAGAAGGACAGACCAUUACUCUCAAUAUUGGGCAAUCAAAAAAGAAGGACAGGUCUCGUCCACAGAGUUCAGGUGGCAUUGGGCUCCUUCCUCCUCCUCCCGGGGGCAAGCUGGCCCCACCGCCUUCAUCCAGGUCUACCAAUCAUAAUACACAGCCAUCUGCAGGAGGAAGUGACACUGGUUGUUUGCUAGACCUGGACUCCAGUAACUCCAACUCAGUGGCUCCAUCUAACCCCACCACCACAGCCAGCUCUGACCUGUGGGGAGACUUUGAUUCGGUAUCCCCCAAGUGAGGAGAGAUUCACCCUAUUAUCUCCCUCUUAUCUCUGUAAAUUUAUGCAGCACUUUUUUCAACUUUGAUUUCUCCGUUACGGGGUCCCAUAUCUCUCCCUGCCAAGCAGGGUAACCCCCUGUACUAGCUUUUUUUUUUUUUUUUUUUUUUUUUUAGUUUAUUUCAGUUUCUCACAGCCUUUGUUCUGAUUUUAGCCAGAGAUACACCCAGACCUCAAAGCACAGUCUUAAUUGGAAAGAUUUAGAAACUAUUAGCCAUCACCCUCCUUUGUCCUUCUUGGGGCUCUUUCCUCUCUCCUUCUGUGUCUCCAGUCUAGCUCUCUAUUUUCCAUUUUCCUGUUUGAAUCCUGCCUUUGCCCUUUUCCUCCUCCUUACAAUUUUUUAUUUGAUAAUUUGUAUCGUAGAGUAUAUAUAAUAGAAAUAUGAUCAAUGGAGGCACAAUCAGAAAGAUCUGAUGAUGGAAACUAAUUAAAUCUAAUAAUGAAUUAAUUUUAUGUACAGAGAAUAUUUAUUUUAAAUGUAUAUAUUGUCAGCAGUUUGUAAGUAUUGCCAUUGGUGUUGUCACCUGUCUCUACUGUAGCUUAUUUUUCUUCAGGUCUCCAGUAGUGGGACUGACUAUAUGCACUGACUGACAGGCUAGUCUGUCUAUGUAGAUAGUAACGCAUAGUCUGCAUUAAAGGCGGGGAUUGUCUAUUAAUAGAUUUAGAUUAUUGCGAAGUUUACCACAAAAUGAUUUUACUUGAAAGAAACCUGUUAAGCUGUAACUUAUUUACUGACUAGAAGUGGUCUCUAGCACUCUCUAAUGGGCUCGUGCGGCUCUACAGCACCAUUUUUGUAAGAGGAGACAUCAAAUUUAGAUGCAGCUGUUGAUCACAUAUUUCACUGGGGAUGGGUCCCGGGCAUUGUGUGAAAUCAGUACAAAGAGACAGGGAAGUAGGAAUGAUAGCUGCAAUAGGGCAUUAGCAAAGGAAAGUGAGGCAUCAAGUGCUUUUAUCUUUGCCUCAAGGGGAAAUAGAGAUGAUCUAGUCCAUGUUAUGUCAUCUCUACUCAGCACAGCUGUUAAAUCUGUGACUGGUGAGUCAUUUAGGUCACGACCUCUUUCCUCCUCACAGAAUACUGUAGGUCUGUGUUUCUGCACUGUCCCAUCAGUCUGGGUAGGGAUUCAUCUCCUUAAUUCUUCAUGAGAAGGUCAGCCGGAUGCAGACCUCAACCACAGCAUGUUGUACUGUACAAACAAGUUUUAACUGUGAACUUCAAUUCCGUGUUAAGAUCUGAUGUUAUAAAUGGUAUUCUGAUGCAGACAAAUGCAACGUGGGACCAACUAAGUCUGUGUUUGAUGCAGUGUUUUGUUGUGAUAUUGUUAUGUACCGAGAGAUGGAUCGUGUUACAUUGAUAUCACAUACACAUGUGUUGUGACAGGUGCAGUGACAAGUGAUCUAAUGAUAGAGGUUGAUUGGAACAUACAGGGAGUGUGUGAGUGUAUAGCCCUAACAACGAUCGUCAGUGUUUGUUUACUGUUCAGAUUAUAUGCAUUUCUCCCAAAUGUUACUUGUUAUUCAACCCUUAUAUGUGUAAUGGAAAUGUAUGUGGAAUUGAAUAUGCAAAGAAAAACAUAAAGAUAUCACUUGAUGA